GAAUAUAAAUCGUUGAGGUAUGCAGAGAAUUGUGUCGCCUAGUCUUAAAAAACACCAUAAUAACGUGAUGGCAAAUUGUUAGUACCUCAACAAGAAUGAUUUCUCGCCAAAUCAAACUUGUGACUAGCUUGGUUUCAGUUUAUGUUGUUGGCAUCUUGCGUUCAAGCGAAGGCGCACCCAGUUCAGAGAUAGUUCAGAAGCUUGAACAUAAGUUAUUGAGCAAAUAUGACAAAAGCGUGAUUCCUAAAACAACACUGGAGAGUGGGGUUACUGUUACAUUGGAUUUGGCAUUGAAUCAACUCAUUGAUGUGAACAAGCGAGCCCAGACAAUGACGUCAGUGAUUUGGGUUCGACAGUAUUGGAGCGAUCAUAGACUUCGAUGGAAUUCCUCUGAAUAUGAUGACGUAAAAUCAAUUGUGACACAGGCAAGCUAUCUGUGGCUCCCAGACAUCACACUUUAUAACAACGCCAAGGACGAUUAUAAUAUUGAUAAAGAAUCGUAUCAUAGCCUGACCAUAACUUCAGACGGAAACAUAUCAAGGUACUUCCCAACUAUCUACAAAUCCUCUUGCAGACUAGAAGUCAAGAAUUUUCCCUUUGACGACCAGGUUUGUACUCUAAAAUUGGGCUCGUGGUCGUACAACAUUUAUGAGAUGAAUCUUUUCAAUAUAGGCGACGGCGACACCAGCUCAUUCAUUGCCAAUGGAGAGUGGAUUCUUCAAGGCAUGCCCUCAAAAAGACACGUGACUAAAUUUCGCUGUUGCCCCCAUCCGUACGUGUAUUUAACAUACAAUAUUCAUAUCAAGCGACGGUCCUUGUACUACGUGCUAAACUGUUUCAUGCCGUGUCUAAUCAUGAUGGCCUUAACAAUCCUUUCGUUCUACUUACCGUCAGAAACUGGAGAACGGAUGGGCGUUGGUAUAACAGUGCUGUUGUCUUUAAGUAUUAUUCAGUUGAUUUUAUCCGAUUCCCUUCCACCCACCUCGGAAGUACCGCUCAUUGUCGUCUACUAUGGGCUUACCAUGUUAAAUAUUUUUAUGUCUUUGGUUUUCUCUUGUGUCGUCCUAACUUUGUAUCACCACACUGCUGUUCCGCUACCUCGCUGGAUGCGAACUUCAUUGUGUGAAUGGGGGGUAAAAUUGGUCCGCAUGCAACAAGAAUGGAUCAUAAUACAAGAAAAGAGGAAACAGAUAGAGAUAAAGCAGAAAUUCUCAGCAAACGACAUCAUCACUAAAGGUGCCGUAGUGAACUGGAUACCAGAAAUUUCGCUACCUUCUCAAACACAAACAACCGAACUUAUUACAGGUCAAAGCCUCGAUGAGCGGUCAAGUGAAACAGAAAAUGACUUUUUACUAAGCCAAAGAUAUCGCGAAGAGGACAAAGCGCAAAUACUUCGUGAAGAAUGGAAAUUCGCUUCACGAGUAGUCAAUAAAUUCUUCAUGUGGAUAAUCGUAAUGGCUAUUAUAAGUAACGCUUUGUAUGUAGUCCUCAAAGCCCCCAGAGGCAAUUUCAUUUUGAAUUGAACUUCAAUUCAAAAUUUGAAAUCACAUAUUAUUUGCACGUGAGAAUUCUGAAAUCUAAGACGGUCCAAUCAAAAGAUGGUACUAACUAGGGAAUUUGACAACACCGUUAGUGCCAGAGAUUUUUUCAUUUUGUUUACUCCGCGCAAGAAGUAGAGAUGAGAGACAAUCGAGGUGUAAGGUUUCUUUUUCUCUCUCACUGCAGUCGCAAUCGAAGGUGGACUUUCACAUGAAGAGACCUUGAAAUAAGAGUAACUCAACUAAAUAAUUAUAAUUAUUAGUUGUAAGAGAAGGAUAUGUUCAAAAAAAGAGACCACUUCCUUCUUUCCGUCAUUUAUUAUACUGCAGGCAUGGCACGUUGCAUCUUCCAAGAAUUUUGUAUCUGGUAUGAAACCGAGAUAACUCAAAAACAUCCUUAGAUAAAAGGGACAACACAUUUUGUUAGUAGAUUUGAUAGAGUUAGUAAGGGCUUUUUGUCACCUAUUCUAUUCUGCCGUGGCUGUUAGACUGAACACGGACAUGAAGGUGCUGGCCAGGGCGGGCUCCACAAUUAACAGAACAUGUUGGUGAGGUUAAUGAAAUAUCACCUGUACAGAACAGUUUCUGAAAACUGAAUGUGGGAAGUGAACGCUCUGAUGAGUAGAUUACAGGGUAGUUGUUUGAGAUCCAUGACCGCCCUGAUCGAGUAUGUUAAAUGGCUAGGAAUAUGAGGGCGAAAUCAACAACCGUAGUUAAAGAUCUUUCCCAUAACGGAAGGAGCGGAUCAUUCGAAUUAAUGACGUACAUGUUAGUUUCCGGCUUCACCAGUAUGAAAGAAAAACUAACCAAUGAUGUGUAUCACCUGCAGUUGGAUUAAAAUGACAAAUUCAUUUAGGAAAAUUUGACCCAAUGAAGCCAGAAGUAGCUUUCAAGACGAAGUAAGGCGUUCAUCGACGGAUUGAUGGACGGAUUAAUCCCAUGAUUGCAUGUAGUAAGUCUUGUUUCACCUGUAAUUUCUACAGGUCUCAAUAUUUACAGUGAGACGCUUCGAGCCAUAGCAUGUGUUUGAGAAUACAGUGCUGGAUUGCAAGAAAGUUUUGUGCAGCGAAAAAGAGGGGCCUGUAUUGUUUGAGUUUUGUGUUGUUGGUAUGCUCAGAAAAGAUGUUUUAUUGUCUGUUCAUUUUCUGAAAAAAAGAUUAUGUUGGGCUCCCAGAGUAGCAAUAAUAGUACCUUAUUAUUCUGAAUUUUCGGUGUUCAUAGCUGGAAAUGUUAUUUCGUGAUGUACUGUUGAUAUAUUGUAGGGUUAUCAAAACAUUUGUUGAUUCCAAUCAUCUUAAUAAAAACAAAAACAGAACAGCACGUACUGGAAAUUGUUGGACAUUUCAAGUCAACUCCUUCUCAGAAGUAUAAAAUUGAAACCUUAUAGCUUUAAACUGAUCUCUCUGUGACUAAACAGUUUUACAUCUAUGUUUUUUGUCGCAAUUUCUGAAAAAAAAAACACUCCCUGAUACUAAUUAAAAGUAUGAAUUUCACUUUUAAGCCGUUUCUGUAGAUAAAAUAGAUUGCCUUGAUAAGGGUAUAAUGAAUACUGUGUGGUUCUCAAUAGUUAUGUUAUGUAAAAGCUUCCCUCGCUGUCAAGAACAUGAUACUUAUAUUUACCCUAAGUGUUAUUAGUAGAUGAAUGGUAGCAUUUUCCUGCUGUCUUGGCUUACACUAAUACCUCUUGUAUGUUUAAAUAAACAUGUCGCAAGUAGUAUUAAAGAUAUAUCAUCUGUU